CGAGGUCCACUACCCAGGCGUUGACUAUAAAGCCCAUGACACAUCACGGGAGAUAGAAGCUCUUCAUCACUCCCUUUCCAAGUCACUAUACUUAUCCAAGACUUUACAACGGAGAGCAAACAUUAUGAAGUUGAUAGGAAAAACUAUCGCCGCCUUCGGCAUAAUGAUUCCCAUUCAUACAGUGUCAGCAUGGGCACAGAACUUGUCGUACGGAGCCGACAACUUCUACCGCAGCGAUAUCGUGACGAUUACGCCGAUUACCUUCCAGGAUCAGUACCGGAUGACCAUCGGGGGCAAUCUUUUUACCCGUAACAACCUGAGUCGUAGCAUCGACUCCCCGGCCAUUAUCGUCGGCCAUCCAAUGGGUGCAGUGAAGGAGCAGAGCGCGAACCUCUAUGCCACUAAGCUAGCUGAGCAAGGCUUUGUCACCGUCUCGUUGGACCUCCCUUUCUGGGGCACCAGCGAGGGUGAUCCACGCAACGGGGUAUCGCCGGAUCUAUAUGCAGAAGCAUACAGUGCCGCAGUCGACUAUCUCGGCACACAGGACUUUGUCGAUCGUGAGCGGAUCGGCGCUCUCGGCAUUUGUGGAAGCGGUGGCUUCGUGAUCAGUGCGGCGAAGAUUGACCCGCGCCUGAAGGCCAUAGCAACAGCAAGCAUGUACGACAUGGGCGCUGUCAACCGCAACGGGCUGCGGAAGUCGCAGAACAUUGAGCAGCGCAAAGCGGUUAUCGCCGCGGCAGCAAAGCAGCGGUGGGCCGAGGUGGAUGGGGGAGAAGUUCAGUAUUCCGGCGGCACUCCGAACCAAAUUACAGCAAACUCGAGCGUGGUCGACCGCGAGUUCUACGACUUUUAUCGCACCUCCCGUGGCGAGUUCACUCCUAAAGAUACGAGACCGGAGCUCACAACACGGCCAACGACCUCGAGUAACGUGAAAUUCAUGAACUUCUACCCAUUCAACGAUAUCGAUUCGAUUUCGCCCCGUCCUCUUCUGUUCAUUACAGGUGAGCAAGCGCACUCGCGUGAGUUCAGCGAGGACGCUUAUGCGCGUGCAAGCGAACCAAAGGAGCUGUACUGGGUGGCAGGCGCCGGUCAUGUCGACUUGUACGAUCGCGUGGGUCUCAUCCCCUUCGGUAAGCUCACUCAAUUCUUCAGGGCGAACCUCCGCUAGGGAGCAGGUUGUCUCAUUGCGAAUUGAGCUGCCAGUCGCUCGCUUCCUACUCUAGUUCGGGCUUCCGGGUUUAGCCCUGACUGUUUCUCGCGCAAAGUGCAAACGAAGCCACCUCCCUCUGGCUACUCGAUUGAUGUAUUUAUC